GUGUAGGGAGUGACUCUGAAGUCAUGGCUGAGCUUGCAGCAUUUCUUGGUCAGGAAAUUCCUGAGGGAAGAAGUAACCUUGCCGACAAUCAUAUAAAUCUGGAGCGGGUUGCAGAUUAUUGCGAAGCAAAUUAUUUUCAAGCAGAAAAUAAAAGAAUAGCUUUGGAAGAAACUAAAAAUUUCACAACUCAAUCAUUAGCCAGUGUGGCUUACCAAAUCAAUACUCUGGCUUAUAAUUUUUUACAAUUGCUGGAUUUGCAAACAUCACAAUUAGCCGAAAUGGAGAGCCAAAUGAAUCACAUUGCUCAGACAGUUAUGAUACAUAAAGAGAAAGUAGCUAGAAGAGAAAUAGGUGUUUUAACAGCAAAUAAGAUCACUGUACGCCAGUAUAAAAUUAUUGCACCAGCAAUUCCUGAGAAACCAAUUAAAUAUGUAAGAAAGAGUAUUGACUAUACUAUCUUGGAUGAUGUUGGGCAUGGAGUACGCAGCAGUGGUACUCCUAGGAGUAAGCAACGUGGUGGUAGUCAGGGCAGUGUGCAGAGUUUAGGUGCUGCCUCCACUGGUUCUGGAUUGGUUGCUGCUAUGGUAGGACCGGCACCUACCACAAAACCACCUACCCCUCCUCAGACAGUCAGAACUGGAACAUUGAGCAAAGGAUCACGAGAAUAUCGGACACCACCUGCUGUGGCUCCACCUCAAGUUCCUAGUCAUUAUGCCCCUAAUUAUCCAUUGGGUCAUCCUAGAAGGGAACGUGGACCUGGUUAUAGUACCUUACCUCUACAUGCCCACACCACUUCUCAUAUGACUCAUAAUACUAAUCACAAUGCACACCCAAACACUGUAACUCAACACACUUCACCACCUCAGGUGGGAACAGUUCAUCCACUGCAAAGCCAUCCUCAAACACCACCACCUGCACCACCUAGUGUGACAGCAGGAUACGCCCAGGAACAGCAUAACAGUAUGCCCCCACCACCUUCACCAUUGGUUAGUAUAACAGGUGACAUGGCAGAAUAUGGUGGUCACCACACUUUGCCACACAGACUGUCGCAUCAAAUCAGUCGAAGUAGCGGUGCAAGUAGUCCACCACUACCGCCGCCUCCGCCACCUGAACAGGAGGAACACCCACAGUUUGGUAGACCUAUGCAGUCCAGUGGUGCUAUUAUGCCCAUUGUGCCAGACGAGGAAGAUUUACCUGGAUGGGUGCCUAAGAAUUACAUCGAAAAAGGAAUCGAACGGCGUCCAGACCGAGAUGCUUAGUAUAAGUUUAUUUUAGAUUAGUUAAUAGUGUGUAUAUUUACUACAGUGUUUCGUUUCUCUAGAAAUAAAGCGCAGAACUAAUCCUUGAACUGCAAAGAUCCUUCCACAGUCCUGCUCGUUAUGGCAGUCCGUAGUGUAUUCAUAAUACAGUCAAUUAAUAUAUGUAUCAUUUAGGAGGCAAUGAUUUCAUUUAACUAGCUACCGCAAAGUGUGCUCAGCCGCACGGAGCUAAGAGAACUGGCAUAAUAUUCGUACAUUGUGCGGCGCUAAUUAAGUCAUUAGCACUCUAUUAAGCCAGAUAUAAGUACCGUGUAAUUGGCUAGGUAACGCGUUGGUCGUGUCCCUCCCUCGUUUCCUUCGUUGAUGUACUUUAAAUUUCCCUUUAUACGCUCCGAGAUGCUUGCAUAGACAAUAAGAGGCUCGUUUCCACAAGAGAAUUACACACUUUGCUA